GUUCUCUUGUCCUUUGGCGAGGAUUCUCCAAGGCGUCUCAACACAUGGGCCGGCUCAGAAACGCCAAGAUCCACGUGGAGAGAGCUAUCAAGCAGAAGAAGAUUUUCAUGAUCCAAGGCUGCUACCCUGUGAUCCGGUGGCUUUUGCGCCGGAGGGGCUGGGUGGAGAAGAAGAUGGUCCAUCACUUGGGUACCACGCUGCCACCACCACACAAGGAUCUGGGUGACAGUGACACCACUGAGGAUGAGGACGAAGAUGAGGAUGAAGCAUUCCGGCUACCACAGCUGUUCGACUUCGAUGAUUUACUGGAAUUUGAUGACCUGCAUGGGACGCAUGCUCUGAUGUCGCGCAUGGUUCGGAACGAGAUCCCCUACUUCAUCUGGACCACUCGGCGGAACAUGCUGGACUGUCGCUUCCUCUCCAAGGAUCAAAUGAUAAACCACUAUGCCCAGGCGGGCUCCUUUACCACAAAGGUGGGUCUGUGUCUCAAUCUCCGGAAUUUGCCGUGGUUUGACGAGGCCGAUGCCGACUCCUUCUUCCCGCGCUGCUACCGCCUGGGGGCUGAGGAUGACAAAAAGGCCUUCAUAGAGGACUUCUGGCUGACAGCUGCCCGCAACGUUCUCAAGCUGGUGGUAAAGUCAGAAUGGAAGUCAUACUCUAUCCAAGCAGAAGAGGCAGCGGCCCCAGGAGACAAGCAGCCCAAGAAACAAGAGAAAAAGCCGGUGACGGUGUCCCCAGAGUUUGUGGAUGAGGCUCUGUGUGCCUGCGAGGAGCACCUUAACAACGUGGCCCACGUGGACAUUGACAAGGACAUGGAGGCCCCGCUCUACCUGAGCCCUGAGGGCUGGUCCCACUUCCUCCAGCGCUACUAUCAAGUGGUCCACGAGGGGGCAGAACUCAGGUACCUCGACACUCAGGUCCAGCGCUGUGAGGACAUCCUGCAGCAGCUGCGGGCCGUGGUGCCCCAGAUGGACAUGGAAGGAGAUCGCAACAUCUGGAUCGUGAAGCCGGGAGCCAAGUCCCGUGGACGAGGCAUCAUGUGCAUGGACCACCUAGAGGAGAUGCUGAAGCUGGUGGAUGGCAAUCCUAUGAUGAUGAAGGACGGCAAGUGGGUGGUGCAGAAGUAUAUUGAGCAGCCCCUGCUCAUCUUUGGCACCAAGUUUGAUCUGAGACAGUGGUUCCUGGUGACCGACUGGAACCCGCUUACUGUGUGGUUCUACCGCGACAGCUACAUCCGCUUCUCCACACAGCCCUUCUCCUUGAAGAACCUGGACAACUCCGUGCACCUGUGCAACAACUCCAUCCAGAAGCACCUGGAGAAUUCGUGCCACCGACACCCACUGCUGCCCUCAGAUAACAUGUGGUCAAGCCAGAAGUUCCAGGCCCACCUGCAGGAGAUGGGGGCCCCGAACGCCUGGUCCACCAUCAUCGUGCCUGGCAUGAAGGCUGCGGUGAUCCACGCCCUGCAGACCUCCCAGGACACCGUGCAGUGUCGGAAGGCCAGCUUCGAGCUCUAUGGCGCUGACUUUGUGUUCGGUGAGGACUUCCAGCCCUGGCUGAUCGAGAUCAACGCCAGCCCCACCAUGGCACCCUCCACGGCUGUCACCGCCCGGCUCUGUGCCGGCGUACAGGCCGACACCCUGCGCGUGGUCAUCGACCAGCGGCUGGACCGCAGCUGUGACACGGGGGCCUUCGAGCUCAUCUACAAACAGCCUGCCGUGGAGGUGCCCCAGUAUGUGGGUAUCCGGCUCCUAGUAGAGGGCUCCACCAUCAAGAAGCCCUUGGCGAUGUGUCACCGGCAAAUAGAAGCCCGCCCAGCCCUCCCUCACCUGCUGACCCAGCGAGGCUCUGGGGAAGGCAAGGACUCGGGAACCCUUACCCACAGGUCAGCUUCUAGGAAAGUUGCUGGGGCCAGGAGCCUGGGGCACACUGAGAAGCCAGACUCCGCUGCCACCACCUCGGCCCCUGGAAAGGGGAAGAAAGGCAAGGCGAAAAGUGCCACAGCCCUGGUCCGCCCCAGUCUCCGGAAGUGGGACCCCCCGCAGCACGAUGAUGGGCUGCAUUUUCACCAUGACCUUUGCUAGUGGGGACAGGCAUCCCCACCCCUUGAACAGAUUGCCAUUGAGUCUGAAGAACCCCCGGGCCCUGGGUAAGACCAUUCCCCCAAAACACCCCAGGGUCUCAAGGCAAUUUCUUCCUGCUCUCCAAGCCCCUCCUAACCACCUGGAUCUGUCCCCACCCAAGAGCCACCGGUAGUAAGUAAAAGCCACCAUUUACAAAGUAUUUUUAAAAAACACACAGCCAAAUGAGUAUUGUCCCCUCCAAAGCAGUCACUCAGCCAGGCAGUUGUGCUCAUUUCAAAGAUGCCAGGUCUCAGUCCCAGGUUGAGCUCUCUCCAGACCCCAAGCUUUUCCUGCUGCAGUAUUCUGUCUUUGCCUCCAUGCAAAGUCACCUUGUGGAAAGGAACUAAUAUUUGUACAGCACUUAACAGUUUACACCGUGUUGAUACCUGACCAGCUCUUUUAGUCCUCACAACCUAGCGAGGUAGGUGCUAUUAUCCCCAUUUUCCAGCUGAGGUAUCAGGAAGUUUAAGGAAGUUGCCCGAGGUUGCACAGCUCAGAAGGGGCAGAGCUGGG